AUGCUGGACGAUACGGUGUUUCAACACGCAGUUGAACUGUGGUCUAAGGCCAACUUUACGGAAUUGCAACGUCUGCUGGACGAAGGUGUGCUGAGCGUGAAGGAGCUGGAGUCUAAUUCGCUGAACUCCCGUAAGGCAUUGGCUUCCGAAACCAAGCAGUUUAAAAGGCUCGAUGGAGACGAAAAAUUGGGCCAGGUGAACAAAAUAAUCAAAAGCUACCAGCAAGAAGUGGACAGCUUGACGAAGAGGUCAAAGCUUUCUGAAGAUUUGUUGCUGGAUCUAUAUUCAAAAUUGUCGGAGACGCCUGAUCCCCAUCCUCUGCUUCAGAUAUCAGCCGGGCAGACGCAGAAAAUUGAGGAUAUCGAGAGUUUGAAGAGCAAAAUUGGGGAAUUGGAGAACCAAAUUUCCAAACAUGCAGACUACGACAAGAUCCGCGCCAGACUCCUGGACCUCGAGCAAAAUUCGGCUAAAACCUUGUCGAAAAGACUGUCAGCCAAGGAGCAAGAACUGAAAUCUCAGUUCCAGGAAAAAGAGAGAAAUUGGAAAGAACGCGAAAAGGAGUUACUGCGUCAGCUUGAAACUUCUAAAGAUACCAACAAGAUACUGGAAAGCAAGGUUACACGAACUAUUGAUGGCAGCGAAAUUGCUGCAGAAACAACGGAGCGCCAGUCUGCUGAACACCAGCUGCUGCUGCAAGAAGUUCAAUCUUCCCAGACCCGCAUUCUGGACCUGGAAAGACGGAACGAAGAACUAAGCGGACAGCUAGCUAAAGCCACGAGCGAAGAAGAGCAAGCUUUAGAAGCGGGCGCCAAAAAUUUGAAAAUUAACGAGUUGGAGUCGGAGAACGCGUUGCUAAGCGCUUCGCUUGCGCACGAACGUAAGUCGAUUGAGGCCAACAUGAGGGAGAAACAGAAUCGCAUAGACUCCCUACAACAACAAUUGGCAUCUUCGCAGGACGAGUUGAAAAAAAAGGCUCGUAAAUUACAUGUCUACGGCGACUAUGAAACUAUCAAACGAGAACUGACAGCUUUAAAGAAAAUCGAAUUUGGAACCUCGGACGACGAAGGCAGCAACGUCGAUUCGACGUUACUGAAUGCGAACAAAAAACUACAAAGUAACUUGGCUGAACUUCGUGGCAAAUUUGGAGGCAUGGAAAAAGAGGUGUCCGCGAUGCGCAAAGAAAACCUGAAGCUCGUGGAGCAGGUGAAACAGCUAGAAAAGCUUAACACGCAGUUGGAAUCCGACCUGGAGCGCAUGGAUAACGUUAGCUCAAUAAACGACACAGCCAGUUUGAUGUCUGGGGUUACGCGGCAGAUGAACCGCGUAGGACCCUCAGCAAGACACGGAGGCAAACUUUCGCCAACAAGCUCGAUUAUCGGUAUUCCAGAAGAAAGUGACGUUCAACCGAUGGCUAAUGGCAAUUCCACAAUUUUGCCAAUAAUAACACAACAGAGAGAUAGACUUCGUUCCAAGACAACCGAACUGGAGAAGAAGUUGCGUCAGACCAAUGUGAAUCAUGGCCACUUGCGGGCAGAAGUUGACAGACUCAAAUCCGAUAACGCUAAAAUGUACGAACGCAUAAGGUUCCUGUCUUCGUACGGAUCAAAAAACGUAGAUUCAGAGGACCAAUCUUCGUACUCACGAAACUACAAUGAAUCACUAUACCCGCUGGCAGAGUUCAAACAGCAGGAACUGAACAGAAUGCAAAGGAAUGGUAUCAAUCCCUUAGAAAAGUUAUUUCUGAGCUUUGCCAAGGUAGUACUGGCCAACAAGACCAACAGAAUGCUUUUCAUGCUUUACUGCUUGGGUUUGCAUGCGCUGGUGUUGAUGACAUGCAUUUACGUAGCCAAUCUCAGCGGAGGCGAAACCGUGGUCGAGCAGGGUGUAAAGAUAUAG